AGUCGCUGUCGGGCGGAGCUGAAAAAUCGGAACUCUAAAAAAAUCGGACACGGGGAAUCGCAGACGGAAGCACUGAAACAUCUGAGCAUCUGAAUCCGAAUUCGAAACGGAAUCGGAAUCUCAGGCGGUGGGAAAAAAUGUGCUAGGGAAGAUGUGCGAGGUUAAUGCUACGACAACGACAACUACGACGACGACGACCGACCAUAAAUCGCAGCGGAAUCAAAUGAGUUUUAUUCAAUCAACGAAGAAAGUCCGCCCACCAACGGAAGUAAUAUAUAUAUAUAUAUAGAGUCGAGCGACGACGACGCAUCCCAAAUAAACUAAGCGAAAAGCCUCUUUUUACAAUGGGCAAGGAUCAGGAAUUCCUGGAGGCGGCUCGCAAUGGCAACAUCUCGCACAUCGAGAAGGUCCUGAGCCAGAAGGCUAAAAGGGCAGGACCCCUUGCCAGUUUGCGAAGGGGAACAGGAGUUAAUGUCCAGGACAGUGGAGGCUACUCCGCCUUGCAUCAUGCCUGUCUGAAUGGUCACGAGGAUAUAGUGAGACUACUGCUGGCCCACGAGGCUUCACCAAAUCUUCCGGAUUCGCGAGGAUCUUCACCUCUGCAUUUGGCUGCCUGGGCAGGAGAAACGGAGAUUGUGCGACUGCUGCUGACGCAUCCUUAUCGACCGGCCAGUGCCAAUCUGCAGACAAUCGAGCAGGAAACACCGCUGCAUUGUGCCGCACAACAUGGACACACGGGAGCCUUGGCUCUUCUGCUGAACCACGAUGCGGAUCCCAAUAUGCGAAAUUCCCGGGGAGAAACCCCAUUGGAUUUGGCAGCACAAUAUGGUCGGUUGCAGGCGGUUCAAAUGCUCAUACGUGCGCAUCCGGAAUUGAUAGCUCAUCUGGGCACCGAGGCCUUGGAAAGUGGAACCCCCUCCCCAUCCUCGCCGGCAUCCCCGAGCAGAGCCAUAUUUCCCCACACCUGUCUGCAUUUGGCCAGUCGAAAUGGCCACAAAAGCGUGGUGGAAGUUCUUUUGUCCGCCGGAGUCAGUGUGAAUUUGCUUACUCCUUCGGGAACUGCUCUCCACGAGGCAGCUCUAUGCGGCAAGGAGAAUGUGGUGCGAACUCUUCUGAAAGCUGGCAUCAAUUUGGGUGCCACCGACAACGAAGGACGCACCGCUCUGGAUAUUCUGCGCGAGUUUCCACCGCAUGUCACCAAACACAUUGUGGCUGUGAUCAACAACUUCCGUAACCAAAUGGACACCGAUGAAGGCGACGAGGUGAUCUACAGGCAGCACUCGGGAGCUGCGAACUCAGGACGUGGCCAAAACAAGCACCACUCGCAACAGCAACAGCCACACAGCAACCACUACCAUUUCAACUCCAACAAUCACUUGCUGAACCACUCGCACUCCAUGCAACAAUCGGGAUACAGUAAACAGCGUUUGAGUGCGGGAAAUGGAGGUCCUUACAACGGAGGAAAGUCCUUGGAUAGUGCUCUCCAGCCAGAGGAUCGCUUCUACCAGGAUCUCAACUCACACUCUCCACUUCAUAGUCAAAAUGAAAUGGGUGGGGGCUAUAGUGUGAGUCCCUCCUCGUCGCUGAGCAGCUUUGAGCCGGCUUCGGUUUCGCCUCGAUCUCGCUGCUCCACCGGCGGUCUUGGCCAGCCGAUGCAGAUGAGCACUUUUGCACCGGCGGGACCGCCCAAGAAACCGCCGAGACGCAACCUCUCCGUUUCGCCCACACACGCGGGACCUGGGCAGCAGUUUAGCUACAGCUCCCCAUCCAGUCAAAGCCAAAGUCAGAGCCACGGUCAUGGCCAUGGCCAAAAUCAGGUGCGCCGCCAGCCGCCCAGCGACAGUCCGUAUUCGCAUCAAAGUCAUGGCAGUGUUGGCGGCAUGAGUUUUGAUGAGACCCAAUUGAGGGAAAGGCAGCGGAACGAUCGUCUUUAUGCCAGUGCCAGGCAGAGCACACGAUCGGCAAUUGCCGGCGGAAUGAGUCUCAGUUCCAGCAAUGAUAUGUUGGACCGACAGUGCAGCAGCUCGGAGCUGAACAGCGAGACGAGUGUGCCCAAUUCCAGUGGGGAUUCCCCGGCCACCAACUCCAUGAAGCGACCAAUUCCAGCUCCUCGAAGUGCAACCACCAAACUAUCGAAGGAGCUCCUCAAGUCAGCAGAAAAUGCCACCUUGAAGUCUUACAAUCCCAAUCGAAAACUAAAGCGCAAUCGGAACAGUAGUGGUGCAAAUGCGGCGUCCAAAUCAAAUGCUGGCGACGAAAACUGCGAGGCCAAGCAGCAGAUUCCCAGCAGUCCCACCCACUACAAACAGCCACCGACGCCGGACCAUCCGCCUCCGAGUUCCAGCCAGGCGGAGCGGACCAUCCACGAGCGGAUUCGACCUCUGAGCCAGGAGUACAAGCGUCGGUCAGCUCUGCUCCAGCUGCAGGCUGCCCAGCAACUGAUGAUCGAGACUGGCUCCUCGCCAUCGAAACUGCUGCCGACUCUGAGUACUCCGGGCUAUGAUUACGACGACACGGUGACGGUGGUGCCCCGUUGUCCGGCUCCUUCCUCUGGAUCCCUCAGCUCCAGCAUCUCUUGCUCGGAUCACAGUUUAUCCCAUUCGACGGACUACGUGGAGGAGUUUGUUAGCGACGUUCCCUUCGCAGGUUUAUUGAAAGGUGCUUCCCAGCAGCUAAAGGAGUCUUGCGAGGUGCAGUUGAAAAUCCAGGAGGAGAACAAGCCACAGCAAACUCUACCCAGAGUUCGUCCCCCAAUUCCCACCAAGCCGGCGGUUCCGGAAAGAAAAUUCAUCAAGCCGCCAACAACGCCAAUCAAUCAACCAGUCGAGGCCAAUGGAAAUUCACCCAGAGAAUCGGCCAUCAUCAAACCUCCAAGAUCACCCUCUAAAUCACCAACCAAAUCCUCUGGCAAAUCGCCAGCUAAGUCACCUGCAAAAUCUCCCGGAAGUGGUCACUCGGCAGCCCGAAACUCCAUAAACCUUCUAAGUCCCUUUAAUGCCGAAGAGGCUCGCAAGAAAAUCUCCGAGAUUAUCGAGAACUUUGGCAGUGGAAUUCUUAACACCAGCAUUACGCCCACCCACGAUAUUGAACUGGACUUUGAGGAUAUGGAGGUGCCCAAUGAAAGAAGGGAGCUUGCCAAUAGAUUGCGCACUGCAGGAUUGCUUCAUUUGGAGAGGAUGCUGUUCGAAAACGGCUAUGAUAACUACAAGUUUGUGCAUAAUGUAUUUGAGGAGCCGGAUAUCCCACUGCUUCACAUUCCCGAGCGGGAUGCUCCAAAACUGUUGCGUUUUGUGCAAAGUUUACCAUCAGCGGAAUUCCAAUCGCAGGUGCCUCUGAAAACUCAACAAGAAAACAAGCAAAUGGGAGUGGCCACUUUGCAACAGUGGCUCAACUCAAUUGCUUUGCCGGAGUACCUGGAGUUCUUUAACAAGCAUCUCUACAACACGAUUGAAAGUGUUAGCGAAGUGUGGGAUGUAGAGCUGCAAACGGUGCUGGAGAUCAACAAACUUGGCCACCGGAGACGCAUCCUGCAAUCGCUGGCUUACAUUCGCCAGAUGAGGGACAGUGACUCCAAGUCCCAGAAGACGCCUCUAGGCGAGAACAACGAAACCAAUCAGCUGACAACGAAUGGAAAUGGAACCACAAGGGAGGCACCACCAAGAAUACCCGCCAAUCCUGUGAAUCACCGCAACUCCAUUACGGGAUAUCGCAAGAGCCGCCCCGCACCACCACCACCGGCUCCACCAGCUAGAAAGACAGCCGCUCUACAAAUAAGGGCUCCUUCGGAGCUUCUCUUGGGCCUUCCGUCCAAUCUAAGGACCACCGAAUGGCGCCACUCGGCCCAGACUUUGCUCAACGAGAGCAUAAAUUACGAGGUUCAAUAUCUCGGCUCAACGGUUGUGAAAGAACUACGUGGCACAGAGUCCACCAAGAAGUCCAUACAAAAGCUGAAAGGUGAAGGCAAAUCGGGGUCACCACUCUCGUUGGCCAUUUGCCAUCGCGGAGUGGAGUUCAUCGAUGUGAGCAGCAAGCGUACGAUUUGCGAACAUGAGAUUCAGAACAUCAACUGUGCCUGCCAGGAUUCGGAAGACCUUAGGCAUUUUGCCUACAUAACCAAGGAGCAGGACCUGCACUACUGCCAUGUUUUCCUGGUCGAAAGCACAGAUCUGGCCAGCGAUAUUAUCCUGACUUUGGGCCAGGCCUUCGAGGUGGCCUAUCAGCUGGCACUUAGAGAUGGAAUCUCCACCACGCCGUCACUGCUCCUGGACAACGGAAUGCUGCAGGGCGAGUUUUGUGGCGGGAAAUAGAGCCAGGACCUGGCCACAGGAAAGCAACCACCGCCGACACCACCGGCACCACUCAGGCCAGGUCACAGUUUCAGUCUCGGUCGCAGUCACAGUCGAAGUCGCAGCCUAUGCGCCAAACUAUUUUGCCUCACCAAUUAUGGGGCUCUGUUCAAGUUGUAGUUAGAGGGAAUUUUUGUAAGGAAACUAGUAGUUUGUAGUCCUUGCGCAUUUGUCUUUUAUACGAGCGGGAAGUGGGCGGGUUUUUUUCUAAUUAUUUAACUAUUCGAAUGGCCAAAGAAAAAACUACAAACGAAACGAACAAAAAGACUCACAAUCAACAAAAGGCACAAUUUUUUCCAAUUAAGAGAAAUGCACCAAAACCAAAUGAAGACUUUAUUAGAGCUUCACAACUUCCAAAUAUAACAGAAAGCUUUCCUUUCCAAUUGACUUAAUUAAUAGAUCAUUUUGCAAACAACAAUUAUAAUUAGAACAUUUUGCAGGGGUAACAAUUGCAUCCCGAUUCCAAAAACAUAUUGAAGUAUUGCAUUUAUGUGGUAACGAAAGCGUCAACAUGACGAUAUAAAACAAUAGUAAAUGAAAAUGUUUUAGCAAAUUUUAAACAGAUAAACAAAGAGUGGAAAAUCAUGUUUGGCAUACGAGCAAAGAAAUUAAAUAUAUUGGCUUAUUAAACAAUUUUAUUAAUGUUAAAUGCUAAAGGCAGAGAAUUGAAUUGAAAACAAGAAGAGCAAUGCAAAAUCAUAUCCCGCAUUCAUGAAGAUCUAUAACCUAUUGGCUAAUCACAUUUACUAUAUAUUAUACAUAUAUACAUACGACUAACUCUAAUAUUGAUAUGUAUGCGUGUUGUUAUAUAAUUUUUAAUUGAAUAUUUAAGCGAAUCGAAUCAAAUCAAAGGACAGACAACGCAUCAAGUUAUAAGCAAGUGAAUGCUUACAAAAUCGUGAAUAUGAAUUGACUGCAUCGAUGUGUCGAGUCAUCUGCAUUUUAAGUAUGUUUUUGAGAAUAUUUUACGAUACUUUUUAAAUACUUUUAAAAUACUUUUUAACUAGUCCCUUAGUUGUUACUAAAGCAUUAAUCAAAUCAUGUACGUAUUUGCAUUUAUUCAAUUGUAUAUUGUUUUUCGUUUGAGGCCAGGCCUUGUUGUUAUUGGUAUUAUUUUGACUUGGUUUACCUAGAAUAUUUUUAUUUGAACAUUAGUGUUAAACGAGGCGUAUUCUCGACCCUUCUAUAUCGAUGUACGCAAACGCUUUAAAUGUUAGCCUGCUUGUGGUACAAGAGAUUCCAUUAAGUACCUACCUACUCAAUACAAAAUCGAAGAUAAUUACAAAUAAAACUCAUCUUAAUCCAUUUUCUCUGGGCAGCAGUUUGUUAUGCCAUAGACACGCACACGGAAAAUAAAUCAAUUUUAUUAAAACUAUAUAUACAAAGUCGUACUCAACCAGCCUAGCCCAUAACUAAAGAAAUUUAAUAAAAUCAAUAUAUACGGCAGAUUGAAAAAGUUGUGACAACACAAAUUCAAAAUUUUUAAGUGUUUAUCCAAAGAAAAGAAUGAGCGAAAAACUGAAAUCGAAGGAAAAUACUAAAUAAAUACAUAAUUAACUGAG